AUGGCCUGCGGAAACAAGUCUGGAUGCUGUGCGGGCGAGAAGAAGCCUCCAACAGCUUUCUCUUCCUCCUGCUCCCCGGCUGAGGACGACCGUGCAAGAGUCAUGGCUCGUCUGCCUGGCCGGGAUGCUGCCUGCUGCGAUCCCGAAGCCGACGAGCGCUGCGACGCGGUAGACGAACAUGUCCAUGAGCAUGGAGACGACGGGAAGCAUGGAGCAGUCGCCUGCAGCAGCCAUCUCAGGCUCGCCUUUGAGCGCUUCAGCUCUUAUCUCGAGACCGCCCAGUGCAUCUGUCGCAGCGUCAUCGCCAGCCACAGCCUCACUCCUUGCUGUGCCGGCCAGGCUGCCUCUUCUCACCCUGCCCCUAACCAUGCACAUAAACAUGUCCAUGAAGACAAGGAUAUUGACCUGGAUGAUACCUCGAGCUGCUCCGGACAUGACCACGACCACGACCAUGACCAUGAUGAUGAUACUCAUAGUCAUAGCCAUGCAAAUGACAAUCCUACUGGCAUCAUCAAAGGAGCAGCCGUCGACCUGGAGAAAUCUGCUGGCCACGAACACGUCCUCCUCGCAGUCUCCGGCAUGACCUGCUCAGGGUGCGGGAACAAGCUCUCCAGGGCCCUCCAGGAGUCUCCCGCAGUCUACAACGUCAAGGUCAACUUCGUCCUCGGAAACGCAGAGUUCGAUCUCGACACUGCCCACACCAGCAUCGAGGCCCUCAUCGACCGUCUCGACAGGCUCACGGGCUUCCGCUGCGUCAAGGCUUCCUCUUCCGCGGACGACCAGCAUCUGGACCUGCUUGUUCCCCCAGGCACUGCUCCCAAUGUCACGGUUGAAAGUCUGCCUGCGGGAGUCACCCAGGUCGACAUACUCGACGCCAGGACAGUCCGCAUUGCAUUCGACCCCCUGGCCAUCGGAGCCCGAGACCUGCUCCAGGCCAUGGGAGAUCGCACCUCGGGCCUCUCCCCAGUCAACAACCACAGGGACCCCGCCGCCUCCGCCGGCAGAAAGAGACUCUACGCCAUGCUCUACAAGACCACUUAUGCCGCCUUGCUUACCAUUCCCGUCCUGGUGCUGGCUUGGGGCCACUCGCUGACUGGGCCGCGCACCAAGGUCAUUGUCUCGCUGGUUCUGGCCACGGGUGUCCAGGCCCUGGCUGUACCGGAAUUCUACAAACCCGCCAUCACCUCGCUUAUCUACAGCCGCGUGGUCGAGAUGGACAUGCUGGUCGUCAUCAGCAUCACCGCUGCAUACCUCUACUCGCUCGUGGCAGUGGGCUUCACCCUCGCAGACAAACCGCUUGCCACGCCCGAGUUCUUCGAAACAAGUACCCUGCUCAUCACCCUCGUGCUGUUCGGCAGGCUGGUCGCUGCCUACGCGCGCAUUCGGGCCGUGGAAGCGGUGUCUACUCGCUCCUUGCAACCUGCUACUGCCCUCUUGCUUGAAGAUGCCCAUGCCGCUGCUGCUGGCCAGACUCGAGAGAUCGAUGCCAGACUGCUCCAGUUCGGGGACAAGUUUCUGGUCUCGCCGCAUUGUACCAUCCCCACGGACGGGAGGGUGCUCGAGGGGACAAGCGAGGUCGACGAGUCUAUGCUCACGGGCGAGAGUCUGCCUGUUCUCAAGAAAAAGGGCGCCCAGCUCAUUGCCGGCACUAUCAAUGGAUCAGGCAGUCUCACCGCCCUCCUCACUCGGCUGCCGGGCAAGAACACUGUGGCAGAGAUAUCCAAUCUCGUCGAAGAAGCCUCAAGUCAUAAGCCUAGGGUCCAGGAUCUAGCUGACAAGGUAGCUGGAUGGUUUGUGCCCAUCGUCACGGCCGCAGCGUCUAUUGUUCUAGUGGUAUGGUUGCUUGUCUGUCUGCUGGUGCGGCACCAGGCUGCGGGCGGCGCCAUCGGUACCGCCAUAACAUACACUAUUGCCGUCUUCGCGGUGUCCUGUCCAUGUGCCGUUGGCCUCGCUGUUCCCAUGGUCCUCGUUGUCGCCGGCGGCAUUGCCGCCAGGGCAGGCGUCAUUAUCAAGUCCGCCGAGUCCACCGAGCGAGCACAUCGAGUCACCGACGUCGUGCUAGAUAAGACCGGCACCAUCACCACCGCUGACCUAGAGGUCGUAGAAACAGUCUUGCUCCCGCAGCCAGAGCCAGAGUCACACCAGUAUACCCUCUCCCUCGUCUCCGCCUUGGUCCGCGAUAACAAACAUCCCGUUUCCAUAGCGGUAUCCAAACACCUCGCCAGCCAGAACCAGAACCAGAACCAGGACCAGGACCAGGACCAACCUUCUCAACGCCUCGAGAACAUCCGCAUCAUACCCGGUGCAGGCGUGGAGUGUGUCACCGACACCUCCAUCCUCCGCGCCGGCAGCGCUCGAUGGCUCCAUGUCCAAUCCCACCCUGACGUCUCCCGCCUCAUCACCGGCGGCAUGAGCACCCUCUGCAUCACACGCAACGACACCCUGAUCGCCGUAUUCGGGCUCAAGAACAACCCCCGCCCCGAAUCCGCGCGCGUCAUCCAAAAGCUUCAAUCUAGGGGUCUGUCAGUCCACGUCGUCAGCGGCGACGAGACCAAGGCCGUUGAAGAAAUCGCUUCGGCCGUGGGUAUUCCCACCGCCCACAUCGCUGCUCGCCAAACACCUUCCGACAAACAGGCGUAUGUCACGCGGCUGAUGGAGCAGGGCAAAACAGUGCUGUUCUGCGGAGACGGAACUAAUGAUGCCGUGGCCAUCACGCAGGCAGACGUGGGCGUUCAAAUCGGCUCUUCAUCGGACGUUAGUAGAGCUACGGCGGAUGUGGUGCUGCUAGGUGGGCUGGAAGGCGUGGUAGUGCUGCUGGAUGUGUCGCGGGCGUCGUUCAGGCGUAUUGUGUUCAAUUUCGUCUGGUCUGCGCUGUAUAAUGUGUUUGCCAUCUUGUUGGCUGCGGGCGCCUUUGUGUAUGUGCGUAUCCCGCCGGCGUAUGCUGGUCUGGGCGAGAUUGUGAGUGUCUUGCCGGUCAUUCUGGCUGCCCUGAGCAUGUUCUGGACUAGACGCUCGCUGGCCGUUUAA